GGCUGUUUCGUAAAAUCAUUUGAGUGCCGGCCGGUGCCUUCUGAAUUAUUCGAAGAAUUUGCCUAUACGAAAAGAUCAGUGUUCGCAAGACAUCCUUGUGACGAUCCUAUUCAAAGAAACAGUACUGCGCGUUGACCAAGAUCACGAUGAGGUGUUGGUGACGAAAAAGUUUCUUUUCUUCCAUCAGAAGACCGUCAAGAUUUUACAAUUUUAAUGCUACAAAGAAACAAAUGAGCAUCAACCCCACCCUGGCGGAGGACCAGGUCACCAAGGAGCUCUUCCCCCUCCCCCGUCCCGGCGAGGUUUUCAUCCUCAAACGCGAGAACAUUUUUUUCGAGUCCGCGUCCAGGAAAGCAAGAUGCAAGGCACUGGGGCUGUUCAUGCUGUCCUCCCAGCGGUUUGUGUUUGUUGCCCAGAAGGACAAAAAUAACGAGGAUAUAACCCUCUCAGGUGUUACAAUCUCAAACGUUGCAAUAGAAUCUGGAAAUCUGUAAUGCAAGAACUGCAUGAUCUAGCCUACGCCAAUAAGAUUGCGCAUGACAAGUUUCGGAGUCCCAAACCCACCUGAAAUCUGGCGAAAUUUGUAUUGCGAAAAGCUCAGUUCUCUAUACGUUCCUCAUGCUCUUCAUGCAAUACAAAAUCCAGAUUCUAUCGUAACGUUCGAGAUUGUAACGUUUGAGCGGGCCAUAGAGGAUUUUGGCAGUUUCGAGAUUCCGAUGGACAGUAUUCUGAAGCAGGAAUUUAUGCAAGAAAAAAACUGUGUAAGUGUAACUCUGUAAUGCACAAAGUGCAAAACUGUUACACCUGUCAUGCCAGACAACCACGCAGUCCUCUUUUCAUGUGUGUUUUCUCUUGUAAGCCACGCAUGACAGGAUUUCUCUGUCAUGUAGAGCAAAUUUGUGAUGCUGUCAGCCAAAGAAAGUUACACUAACACAGUUUUUUUCUCGGAUAGAAUUCCAGCAGCCCAUCUUCGGCUGCAACUACCUCGAACUGCAGGUCACCAGCACGGACCCGAGCAUCACGGGCGACACCAAUUUCCCGAUUUACCUCUACUUCUACGAGGGUGGUGCGGGCACCUUUCUGCAGGUGUUUUUCAAGUUCUUCGUGGAGGUACAGCGGCGGCGCGGCGAGGCGAACAGCCAAAACGGGUUAGCGCAGGUGGCCGUGCAGUUAGUGAAUAACCGGCACGCCUACGUCGACCGGAGCGACCCGUCGACCUUCUACCUGCAGCAGCCACAGACUGCUGGCGCGGCGGGAGAGAAUGUCGAUCGGUCAACAGCGACGGAGCAGGAGGGCACAGACAUCGGGCAUGUAGGCGGUGGUGGUCCGAGUGGUUCGGGGGGAGAGCAAGAAGUGCCUAAUACUGCGUUUCCCGGGACAACAAGUGGAGCGUUUCCCGGGCGAGGACAUGUGUUGGGGGACAGUUGACAGAGAUGGAGGAGGGAGAAUUUAAUAGCAGCUAAAGAAACAGUAACAGACAAUGAACAAAGCACAUCUUCUUCGCCUUCGGCACAUAUCAUAGCAAUCCGCAGGACGACCUCCCGGAGGUGGCGCAUGAAAAAGGUGCGAGGAUUUGCACACAAGAGCAAGUGUGUGACACCGUCUUGUUUA